AUGUCUUUUUCACAUACAUAUGAAACCUUAGAAAAAGAUAUUAAAAAUCUUCAAUUAAAUUUUUCGCAAAUAUUAACAUCUGCUUGUCAUUAUAAUACAUCAGAAAUAAUUAAUCAUAUACAACAUAUUAAUAAUGCAUUGGAUAAUAUUAAACUUGAUUAUGAACUUCAACGUGGAGUGAAAAAUUCAACUAAACAAUUUGAUUCAAAUAAAAUGAAUAUUAAACAAUUAAUCUCAAAAGGAAACGAGCUUAGUCAAGAACUGAAUACUCGUCUUCAUACAACUACAAUUAAAACUAAAGAACAUAAUCAGAUACGUGAAAUUCAUAAUUGGGCAUGUAACUCAUUACUUGAAUAUCUUCAAAGUCUUUAUCCAUAUGCAUCUGGUUCCUAUGCUCGAUUAGAUAAUUUAGCACAUGAGCUUGGUGUUACUGAUCGUUAUGUUGGUUAUCGAAAUAAUUUAACUCGUUAUGGAAAUCAACCAAUAAAUGUUCAUACUGUAUGGGCUGAUCGAAAACUACCUCGAUCAUCAACACCUGAUUGGAAAGAUUGGACUCAUUCAUUUCAACGUAAUAAAAAAAAAGAGUCUAUUUAUAUUGAAAGAAAACUAAUAUUCUAUUUAGAUAAUAAUUUUUCAACAGCUACUUUCGAACCAUCAUCAAAUAAUAAUCAAAAACUUCCUGACUCUAUGGGAACAACACAACCGACAGCAUUUCAACAUUUUAAUAAAAAAAGAAAUAUCACAUCACAAUCAUUUGUUUAUGCUACUGAUCAUAAUACACAUUUGAGUAAAGCAGGAAUGAAUAUAAACUAUCCAGGUAAAACAGAAUCUGCAAUUAGUUAUGUCAAACCAGAAGAGCCAUCUUAUUCUCUAUCUCUGCCUAUUGCACAACCUGAUUAUACUUCAGUCGGACGACCAUUAACUCAUCUUGUGCCUGGAUCAACUGCUACUGAAUAUAUUCAAAGUUAUACAUUUCCCGAUGCAGAAAAAGUUGAAAGAUAUCCAUGGCUUCGUCCAUAA